AUGGCAGAAAAAAACCAAUAUCUCUUAUUCCUCCUAACACUCCUUCAAAUCUCAGCACAUUUUCCGACGACCACGGUCGCCGUCAAGUACCAAGCCAUCAACGCCGCCAAAACCACCCCCGGCGGGUCCCGCUUCGAAUCCGAAAUCGGCAUCCCCUACACCCAAAGCAUAAUGCGAACAAUCAACUUCUUCAUCUGGGACAUGUUCAAGCAGUACAGCGGCGCCGACAGGAAAAAAGUCGAGACCGUCAAAGUGUUCAUCCACCAAUACGACGGGGCGGAGGCCAUAAUGUACGGCGACACCAUCAACGUCAGCUCCAUAUAUCUACAGGGCUACCAAGGCGACCUCAAAUGGGAGUUCACCUCUCUCCUCCACCACGAGAUGACGCACGUGUUCCAGUGGGAUGGCGAGGGGCGGGCCCCGAUCGGACUUAGCGAAGGAAUGGCGGAUUACAUGAUAUUGAAAUCGAAUUACUAUCCGGCCGGUUUCGCGAAACCGGGAACGGGGGAUAAAUGGGAUCAAGGGUACGAUUUCACCGCGAGGUUUUUGGAAUACUGCGAAGAGACGAAGUCGGGGUUUGUUGCACAACUUAAUAAGAUGAUGAGAUUUAAUUAUAGCGAUGAUUAUUUUUUCGAGCUGACCGGUAAACCGGUCGGGCAGCUCUGGAGCGAGUACAAGGCCAAGUAUUCGUCGCUAUAG